GGAAGAUAUUCUCUACAAUGGAAAUUUCUACAGAGUAACUUCUGAUUUUUAAAAGAAGGAAGAGUUUCCCAGCACAUCAAUCUAAUUAGACGACUGUUUAUCCAUCCAGUCCAGAACUGCUUUGUUUUUCUUCUAUAAUCAUGGCAAAACCUUAUGAAUUUAACUGGCAGAAGCCAGUUCCCUCUUUUAUGCAAGAUGGAGCUGUGUUUGAUAGAUAUGAAGAGGAAUCUUUUGUCUUUGAAAGCAACUGUCUCUUCCAAGUGGAUGAAUUUGGCUUUUUUCUGAGCUGGAAAAGUGAAGGAAAGGAAGGACAGGUAUUAGAAUGCUCCCUGAUCAACAGUGUUCGUUUUGGAGCUGUACCAAAGGAUCCCAAAAUACUAACUGCACUUGAGGCUGUUGGAAAAUCUGAAAAUGAGUUGGAAGGACGAAUAGUGUGUGUCUGCAGUGGCACGGAUCUGGUGAACAUCAGCUUCACUUUCAUGGUGGCGGAAAACACAGAAAUAGCCAAGCAAUGGGUAGAAGGGCUUGGAUCCAUCAUCCAUAACUUUAGAGCUAACAAUGUGAGUCCAAUGACAUGUCUCAAGAAACACUGGAUGAAGUUGGCCUUUCUAACAAACACAAAUGGGAAAAUUCCAGUUCGGAGCAUUACCAGAACCUUUGCAUCAGGUAAAACAGAAAAAGUGAUCUUUCAGGCACUUAAGGAAUUAGGUCUUCCCAGUGGAAAGAAUGAUGAAAUUGAGCCUGCAGCGUUUACUUAUGAGAAAUUUUAUGAGCUCACCCAAAAGAUAUGUCCCCGAACUGAUAUAGAGGACCUCUUUAAGAAGAUCAAUGGAGACAAAACUGAUUAUUUAACGGUAGACCAAUUAGUGAGCUUUCUAAAUGAACAUCAACGAGAUCCUCGGCUCAAUGAAAUUUUAUUUCCCUUUUAUGACACAAAAAGAGCAAUGCAGAUAAUUGAGACAUAUGAGCCAGAUGAAGACUUGAAGAGUAAAGGUGUCAUAUCAAGUGAUGGGUUUUGCAGAUACUUGAUGUCAGAUGAAAACGCCCCAGUUUUCCUAGACCGUUUGGAAUUAUAUCAAGAAAUGGACCAUCCUUUGGCUCAUUAUUUCAUCAGUUCCUCUCACAAUACGUAUCUAACAGGCAGGCAGUUUGGGGGCAAGUCUUCAGUGGAGAUGUACAGACAAGUGCUUUUGGCUGGAUGCAGGUGUGUGGAGCUGGACUGUUGGGAUGGCAAAGGUGAAGAUCAAGAACCAAUAAUAACACAUGGAAAAGCAAUGUGUACAGAUAUUCUUUUCAAGGAUGUCAUUCAAGCCAUUAAGGAAACAGCAUUUGUUACAUCAGAGUAUCCUGUCAUUCUUUCAUUUGAAAAUCACUGCAGUAAAUAUCAACAGUACAAGAUGUCAAAAUACUGUGAAGAUCUUUUUGGAGAUCUCCUUUUGAAGCAGCCUCUAGAAACACAUCCACUUGAUCCAGGUAAAGCCUUACCUUCUCCUAAUGAUCUCAAAAGAAAGAUUCUCAUAAAGAAUAAAAGGCUGAAGCCUGAAGUAGAAAAAAAACAGCUUGAUGCUCUGAAAAAGAUGAUGGAGGCUGGGGAAACUGCUGCUCCUGUAAAUAUCCUAGAGGAUGAUAAUGAAGAAGAAAUAGAAAGUGCUGACCAAGAAGAAGAAGCUCAUCCAGAGUACAAAUUUGGAAGUGACCUUACUGUAGAUGAUUACAGUCAAAAAGAAGCUGUUGCCAUCAGUGUCAAAAAGGCUGUUGAAGAUUCUGAACAAGAAAACAAUAAAAAGGGUUUAGUAACUGUUGAAGAUGAACAAGCGUGGAUGGCAUCUUACAAAUAUGUAGGUGCCACAACCAAUAUACAUCCAUAUUUAUCAACAAUGGUCAACUAUGCUCAACCUGUAAAAUUUCAAGGUUUCGAUGUAGCAGAAGAACGUAAUAUUCAUCAUAAUAUGUCCUCUUUCAAUGAAUCAGUCGGACUAGGGUAUUUGAAGACCCACGCCAUUGAGUUUGUGAAUUAUAAUAAGCGACAAAUGAGUCGGAUAUACCCAAAGGGAGGCCGAGUGGAUUCCAGUAAUUACAUGCCUCAAAUUUUCUGGAACGCUGGCUGCCAGAUGGUCUCACUGAACUAUCAGACCCCAGAUUUAGCAAUGCAGUUGAAUCAAGGAAAAUUUGAAUAUAAUGGAUCAUGCGGGUAUCUACUUAAACCAGAUUUCAUGCGACGACCUGAUAGAACAUUUGACCCUUUCUCUGAAACUCCUGUAGAUGGUGUAAUUGCUGCAACAUGUUCUGUACAGGUAAUAUCUGGUCAGUUCUUAUCAGACAAAAAAAUUGGUACGUAUGUAGAAGUGGAUAUGUAUGGUUUACCCACGGACACAAUACGUAAAGAAUUUCGAACACGCAUGGUGAUGAACAAUGGUCUGAAUCCUGUUUACAAUGAAGAAUCGUUUGUAUUUCGAAAGGUUAUUCUCCCUGAUCUUGCUGUCCUGAGAAUAGCAGUGUAUGAUGACAAUAAUAAGUUGAUUGGUCAGAGGAUCCUGCCUCUGGAUGGUCUGCAAGCAGGUUACAGACAUAUUUCCCUUCGGAAUGAGGGCAACAAACCACUGUCUCUUCCAACGGUUUUCUGCAACAUUGUGCUUAAAACAUAUGUGCCUGAUGGUUUUGGAGAUAUUGUGGAUGCUUUAUCAGAUCCAAAGAAAUUUUUGUCUAUCACAGAAAAAAGAGCAGACCAAAUGAGAGCUAUGGGUAUCGAAACUAGUGAUAUAGCUGAUGUACCAAAUGACACUUCAAAGAAUGAUAGAAAAGGAAAAGCCAAUAAUGCCAAAGCCAACGUAACACCUCAGAGCAGCUCUGAACUUCGACCAAGUACCACCGCGGGCUGUGGAUCUGGCACCGACGCUAAGAAAGGUAUAGACCUUAUUCCUCAAGUGAAAAUAGAAGAUUUAAAGCAAAUGAAGGCUUAUAUAAAGCAUUUAAAGAAACAGCAGAAAGAACUCAAUGCCUUAAAGAAGAAACAUGCAAAGGAGCACAGCGCUAUGCAGAAGUUGCACUGCACACAAAUUGACAAAAUAGUGGCACAAUAUGAUAAAGAAAAGGGAUCAUACGAGAAAAUGUUAGAGAAGGCAAUCAAGAAGAAGGGAGGAAGUAACUGUCUUGAAUUGAAGAAAGAAACGGAAAUUAAAAUUCAAACACUAACAUCAGAUCACAAAUCUAAGGUCAAAGAGAUUGUGGCACAGCACACUAAGGAGUGGUCCGAGAUGAUCAAUACGCACAGUGCUGAAGAGCAAGAGAUCCGUGAUUUACACUUGAACCAACAGUGUGAACUACUGAAGAAACUGCUGAUUAAUGCUCAUGAACAACAAACGCAGCAGCUAAAGUUUUCACAUGACAGGGAAAGCAAGGAAAUGCGUGCCAACCAGGCUAAAAUAUCUAUGGAGAACAGCAAAGCCAUAAGCCAAGACAAAUCUAUCAAAAAUAAAGCAGAGAGAGAGAGGCGAGUCAGAGAACUGAACAGCAGCAACACAAAAAAGUUCUUGGAAGAGAGAAAAAGGCUGGCAAUGAAGCAGUCAAAAGAAAUGGAUCAGUUGAAAAAAGUUCAACUUGAGCAUUUAGAAGUCUUGGAGAAGCAGAAUGAACAGCUUUUGAAAUCCUGUCAUGCAGUGUCUCAAACACAAGGCAAAGGAGAUGCAGCAGAUGGUGAAGCUGGAAGCAGAGAUGGAUCGCAGGCCAGCAACAGUGGUCUAAAGCCUCAACAAACAAAUUGAAUUUGGAGAACACAGGAUCCUUAAAAUGAGAGCAAAAUUCACAAUAAUGUUGCUGAGGUUUAAAAGUUGGGGGGGGGGGGGGGGGGUUUUUUUUUGGUGGGGGGGCGGCUGUUGGUUUUUUUGUUUUUAAUGUAUAAAGUGUAGCUAUGGACCACCAAGUCUUAAGGUUUGCAUUAUUUCUUUUUUAACACUGGGCACUGAAUUUCCUUUGUUCAGAAAACCACUAAUCAGAUGAUGAAGACAGUUUUUAAACCCAGUCCUGUAUUUCUUUCUGUAACUCAACAGGCAGCUUGCCUGCCUCAGAAUUACACAAUCAGAACCUUGAAACACAACAGAUAUUUUUAACAUCAUCUCAAAUGGCAACAAAACUGUAAUGAAGUCGUGCUAUUUUCCAUUUGUGUUCUUAUGUGUGAUAUGUGUUCUUAUCCAUCCACGCAGUGGAUGCCCCAUCCCCGGAGGUGUUCAAGGCCAGGCUGGAUGGGGCUUUGGGCAACCUGGUCUAGUGGGAGGUGUCCCUGCACAGGGCAGGGGGGUUGGAACUAGGUGAUCUUUAAGGUCCCUUUCAACCCAAACCAUUCUAUGAUUCUAUGUUGUGUAGAACCCUCAUGCUGCCAGAUCCCGACAAGCAACAACUCGUUCAGAUGCUCAGCACCUGAUGCCAUGAAGCCCACUGAACUGGAUCUUCUGCUAAGUCAGCGUAAUAAUCAGUAUAGUAAGGAGUUGUUUGGGUAAUUUUAAAUUACAUUUCAAAGUAUUUUUCAGGCAGCAGGCAGUAGUUAGUUGAAAGUUAACUGUGUAUAUUCAAACGUACAAUAUGUACAAAGUCAUCGGCCAAGUUCAUCAACUGUAACAGUAACUUGACAGGAUUAUUUCUGCAGUCCAGUGAUGCCAUUCACAAGUGCCAUAUCAACUCUUAUGUCCGAAAGAAACCGGUAUCCUGUAAAAGUUACUGCAAUGGUUGGCAUGAGGGAAAUACAGUGUAUUUGUGCCAAAACUGAUCAGUGCUCUAAGGAAUUAUGUAUUAGGCACUUUAAGAAAAGUUUACAUCCUACAUUGCUUGUAUAGAAAUUGCAUUUUCAUCCUGUUGCUGCAGAUCCCAGAUACUACCGUUCAUUGUAACUUAAAGAUUGUUUAAAUGGCUUUUGGCAAAAAGUUUGUAACUGUGAAAAUGUAAAAAGUAUUUAUACACUUCAGAAUCACAACAUUGUAGAAAAUGACAUACAUGUUGCCACGUGAUAAAAUUAGUAAGCAGAAAUGCUAAGAGUAUGUUUGCAUGUGAUACAAAAGCUAUUAAGACUGUAAUGCCUACUAUAUGACCACAGUCAUUCUACUAGCUGGUAAAUACUGAAUAAAUGUAUGGCACAGAAUAUUGUUUGAUUAAUUACAAAGACUUUUAGCAUAACGAGGUCUCUAUAUAUAUGUGUGUAUAUUAAUUACGUGGGCAUUCUUGAUACUUGUAGUAAAAGAAAAGUACAUAACUAAUUUAAUUUUACACAAAAGUAUUUAUGCAGAUUUUCAGAAUUUCAUAUCAGGAAUAACCUUUUUAUGUCCAUUAGAUAUAAAAACAAUUUGCUAAUGUGUUAAUUUGCAUGUUUCCAGCGCUUGCUGUAGUUAUAUUGCGAAACAAUGCAUGUAAGCAUUCUGCUUGGAAUUUGUCCAUGCUGCCAAUUCAAAGAUGACUGCAUGGAAAACUGGUAGUUUAGAACAAAUCAGAUUCCUGAUUUCAAUGUACUAAGCACCAAUUACUUUAUUGUAUAUGCUUGUACAAACAAAUUCUACAUAUUCCUAUAAACAAGAUAAAUGAAAAGAGAUAAUUAUGUUAUUGUCAGUCCUGAGAUGAAACUUUCAACUUCUCUAAUAAAAAUCUUAAAAAUUCAAAACCUUUAGUUUUGACUGUA